AUGUCGCAUCAGAACCCUGAUCCUACCCAGGAGCAGCACGCGUAUGGCGCGGGCCAGCAAAAUGGCGCAUACAGCGGUGCCGGCGUAGCACAGCAGUCGCAUUCGCAACACAGUGCUCAACAUCAGCACCCGCAUCAAGACGAUGAGGGUCCCUAUCAGUCGAUCGGAGCUUAUGCGCCGUACUAUCCCGAAACCCACAAACCUUACACUUCUGCUGGCCAAUACGCCCAAUCAGCUGCCUCACCAACGGCAGGUUUCGCUGAAGCUGCUUCUCAGCAUUCACCCAAUGCACCGGCUCAAGCGGCACCUUUGACCUCAGACGUUGCGCAUGCAAAUGGGAUGGCGGUCAGCGAGGCAGAAGCGGCGCACGAGUCCACAGAGGCAGCUGCUGGAGGUCGAGGAGAUGGGCAGGUGGAAGACUAUCCGCCUGGCGAAUACACCUCGUCACUCCAAGAUGGAUCCGGUGCCGACGAAACCUACGCUCAAGCGGAUAAUGCUCAGGACGGGCAGCACACCGCACAUGGCGAUGAAGGCCCUUCUGCGUAUUCAGCAGCGAGCGGUACGCACGCAGAGGCUCAGGAAGCUUCAUACGCCGAAGCCCCAGACCAUGAACAAAAUUCGGGCGAACAAGCUCGGAACGAAGAGGUUGAUGGACAAGACGCAGCACGAGCGGCUGCUGAGCCCGAUGCUGAUUCACAGAACGUUGGGCAAGCAGGUGAAGGCCAGCCCCAAGAUACCAAUGCGAAUGGAGAAAGCAGCGAGGUGCAAGCGUCGGCCACAGAUACAAACGCGCCUGGCGACACGCAAAGCCAGGACGCGGCCGGCGGCGCCCUCACCAGCCUCGAGCCUGAUCCUCCCAAGGCCGUCGCAUUCGUCACCAAGCUGUACGACAUGCUCAACACUGAUGAGUGGAGAGUGCGAGAUCUAAUCCGGUGGUGCGAGCCCAACGAGUAUGCAGAGGUGCCGGAUGAAAAGCCAGGAACUGCAUUUACAGUAUUCGACAUGGGCGAGUUCAGCAGGAAUGUCUUGCCCCGCUACUUCAAACAUGCCAAUUGGCAGUCAUUCCAGCGUCAGUUGAACCUGUACGGCUUCAGAAAGAUCAACGAUCAGACCCGUUCCACGCCUGGCAAUCCCGCAGUCUGGGCUUUCAGGCAGAAGUUCUUUAGGCAAGGCAAUCCCACCCUCCUGAGCGCCAUCACAAGACGGGGCAAAGAGGAAACGGAGAACACGCGUCGGAAGAACAAGCGCAAGAAGGGCGAUGAAGAGGCACCUUUUGGAGCCCUGCCUGCUGGAGAGGAUGGGGAGCGAGCUGUCAAAUUUCGUGCCGCGCUGCAGGAAGACGAGACUCAAGUAGCAGGGCCUUCUGGUGCGGAUGGCGAGGGGAAAGCAAUCGAAGGAGUACGUUGGACAUCCGGCUCGCGCCUUGCAGGCGGUGCGCACUCUCAAGCCCAGCGUCUCGAACAACUAGCUGCAAGGAUUGACGCGCAGAGCGCAAAGUUGGAGCUGCAAACGAAUGCGUUCGCCCAACUCGGACGUGGUCUCAUCGAAGCCAGAGCAGACGUGGGCAAUGCAGCAACUCAGGCCUCCAACGCCCUCGACAUUCUUGCCAAAGCUUUCGAAGAUCCCGGAGCGCUCAGCAACAGCUCGUUUACGGAUGUCAAGCAGCACAUUACUUCUUUGCGCGACAGCGCCGCCCGGCUUUCUACGGAAUUUCUGUUCUCAGUGCCCACUGAUACGGCGGUGAUCGCAGCCAAUGAGAGCUCAUCCGCUGCUACUUCAGCCGAAUCGGCCGCACCGUCAAAUAGCGCCAAAGCCGAGUCGUCGUCGCAAGCUCGCACGCGAUCGUCGCAUGCUGAUCGGGAAGAGCCUCUGACGCUAGAGCAGAUCUUGGCGCGCAUACAGGCAGACGAACCUGCUCCGGCAGCAGUCAACGGCACGCAAGAAGCGUCGGCUCAGGAUCAGGACGCGGUCAUGGAUGAAGGAUCGAGCGAACAGGCCGGCGAGCAGCCACAACAGCAGGAGCAUGAGGCCCAUCAGACCACCGAGCAAAUCGUGGAGCAAAGUGGUCAGGAUGGUCAAGAGCAGGCUAUCGACCCUUCGCUGACGGACGACAUGCAGGUCGAUGGAGCGCACGAGGCUGCCAGUGCUGCAGCACGAACAGUCGAGGUCGACGAUACCGAAGACGCGCCGCACGAUGACAUUGAUGAUGUCGCUGACGCCGUGCAUGAGCAAGAGCAGCUUGCUUCUACCGUAGCGGCGUAG